UUGAUACUAUAAAAUCCAAGGGUAUCAAGUGGUUAAAGGUUUUGAUUAAAAAAAAAAAAAAAAUAGUUAAAACCCAAAUUUCUGUUACUAACUGGCUUUAUUAAAUUCUCAUAACAUUAAUAAUUACAGAAAUUGUUUAAAAAUCGGCAAGUAGUAGAAAAUUGAAAACAAUGGGUUUUGCUGUUUUUCCAUUUUUAUUUUUUACCAUACUUUGGGGUGUGGUCGGUAUUGUACUACCAAUCAUUGUUCCUAAAGGACCAGAUAGAGGUAUUCAACAGCUUGUAUUAAUGUUGACUGCUGGAACUUGUUAUCUCUUCUGGCUUUGCUGUUAUAUGGCACAAAUGAAUCCUUUAAUUGGACCAAAAUUAAGUCAGCAUGCAAUAUUGAUAAUGGCACGUGAAUGGGGUUAUCCAAUAACAGACUUAGCAAAGUAAUGAUUAAAAUUCUUAUUUUAUUUUUAUUUUAUUAGUUUUCAAAAAUUUUAAUCAUUCCAUUUUUUAAUCAGUUGAUUAGUUUACUCGAUUCAUAA